UCUAUUUUCAUAAUAAUAUUGAACAUUUUGCAUGUGUCCUUGACAUUUCCUGUCCACCCUGUCAUUAUGGGGAAACUGCCCCAUAAAAAAACAUCUGAUGUUUUCAGUGACAUCACUACCACCAUUUUGUCUUUCUUCAGUGGAGGCUGAGACAUUGGCUAGUUGCAGAGAAUGAGCUCAAAAGGAGCUGAGAUAGCGAGGAGAUAUCGGGAACGUCGUGAUGCUGACCCGGACAGAAGAAGAAAGUACCUUGAGAAAGAGAGGGACAAAUGGAAAAAAGACAGAGAGACUGGAACGAAGAAGGGUGUCAAUGAGCUUAGUGAGAGAGCGAAGAGGGCAAAAAGAAAGAAAUGGAGAGAGGCAAAAAGUCGAGACAGAGCCAGAGACAGGGCCAGUGCUUUGCUACAGUCAGAGACACCACCAGACUCCCCUGCAACUCCUGAGAAUCAGCCUGAGCCAGGGAUUUCCAGGCAACAGCGUCUAGGGGCAAGUGCUCGAAGAAGGUCGAAGAGGAAACUGAAAGAUCAGAUUGAAAUAUUGGAGGCACAGCUCGCAAAAGAGAAAACUAAAACUGAGAAAUAUAAGAAGAGGCUCCAUAGGGCCAAGAAAGGAAGUUUGUCUAAAUCACCACGUUCAAAAGUCAAUGCUUUGUUGGGAUGUAACAAAGUGAAUUCACCCAUCAAAAGAGCUCUUAUUUUCCAUACAUCCCUGAUUGAAGAUAUUAAAAGAAAAUAUGAAAAUGCAAAAACAAACAGAGAUAAGCAGUUGAUAGCAAAAGUGAUCAGUGGAAACAUUCAGAAGAAGUACAAGCUCCAAAAGCAUGCACAGACUGCUUUUGGCCACUCUAACAAGAGAGCAAAGUAUCCUGUGGAUCUUACCUACCAUGGGAGGAGGUGCGUCAGUCGAAAUGAGUUGAGGAAGAACGUUACAUCGUUUUUUCUACGAGAUGAUGUUAGUCGAAUGACGACCGGCCGCAAACAAACAGUCACACUGCUGAAGAAAAAGAUGCAGAGGAGGUUGCUUACCGAUACAAGGAAGAACUUGCAUAGGAAGUUUCUCUCUGAGCACAUUGGCCAGGUGUCAUACACAUCCUUUUGCCGUCUCAGACCCUUUUGGGUGGUAACCCCCUCUUCCUCUGACCAUUUUAGCGAAAAUUACUCGUGCAAGUACAGCCAAGAAAUACAAUCUGUGCAUUUUGGAGGCUCACACCAGCAGGCCAGUCUGCACACUGGAGUGCUCUACACUGCUGGUGGACAAGCGCUGCACACUUUCUGCUCCAUAUCACCCUCCAGAAGACACGACCCUGUGGCCAUCUGGGCCCACCUUGAUCCAAUUCUGAAGGUAGUGAGAGAACGACACCCUCAAGUCAGCAUACUUCAUUUUUUCAGCGACGGGCCUGCAACACAGUAUCGACAAAAGGGAAAUUUCUUCUACCUCUCAACUGAACUCUACAAGUAUGGCUUCAAAGAAAUAACGUGGAAUUUCUUUGAGGCUAGUCAUGGGAAGGGGGCACCAGACGGUGUUGGUGGGGCCCUCAAGAGGUCAGCAGACCGAAUUGUGGCCCAUGGAGGAGACAUCCCUGAUGCCCAGAGCUUGUAUGACAAGCUGAAAAGCCUGGACACAUCUGUUGAGUUGUUCUUCGUCCCAGAGAGGGAUAUUGAAUCAAAGGCUCAGGUACCUGCAAUAGCUGCGGUAAAAGGCACUCUAAGAAUCCACCAAGCUAUCAGUCUGACACCCGGCCAGAUGAAAUACCGAGACAUUUCAUGCCUGUGUAAAAGGGAGGAAGGUGUUUUGGACUGCCCCUGCUUUAACCUUCAAGAGGUCACUCUAGCUGAUGUUCCUGUUUCAUCUGAUGAGUCCCCAGCAAGUGGAAAGGCACCAGAUAACCCUAGGAGACCAGCAAUGAUUGAGGUGAAGCACAUUGGAGAGUGGUGCGUCGUUAAUUACGACAAUGAAGCAUACCCAGGUUUCAUCAUGGAUGCAGAAGGGCACAGUGUGAAAGUUAAGUGUAUGCACCGCAAUGGCAUAAACAAGUUCCAUUGGCCAAGUCCCCGGGAGGACAUAUGUUGGUACUAUGACUGGCAAAUACUUUGCCUAAUACCAGAACCACAGGCUCUGAACAAGCGCUCAGUACAAAUUGAAGCGUCUGCUUGGAAGUAUGUGGAAGAGCAACUACAGAAAUGAGCCAUGUCUCUGCAGAAAGGGAGAGACUGUUUUGGAGACGCGUCUAAUUGAUCUCUCUGUAACAUGCUUUUUUUUCUUUUUUAAAUCAACUGUUCUCCACUUAAAAAUUGUUUUCUUCUUGUUCUACAGUUGAAUGUUUGACUUUCACUGUGCAGAAUGAUGUACAGAAUUUAACACAAGAAGGCCACAUUAAUGUUCUUUAUUCAGUGGCCGCAUGCAGGUAGAGUGGAUCAAAACCAGUCUGUUCAACUGGUAAUUUCCCCCUACAUGGGAUAGGACCUCUGACAUUUUCUUUUACAUCAUUUCCUUUAGAUGUAUUGCAUUUAUGAGGCCAUUCAAUGACAUUUCACAAUGUGUCCACCCUGUCAUGCCCAAGGUCCACCCUGUCAUGUCAUUGUCCACCCUGUCAUUUUCAUGUUUUAUGAAAAUAAACUAAAUAUUUUACCAAAGUUA